CUCUUGAUUUCUGCUUUAACCUAUGAUAGAUAGAAUCUGAUUAGGUUAAGAGAGCUUCCUUGAUUGAUAGUGGUGAAUUGGUUGUGCGAGAGUCAAUCAAUUCACUGCUUUGUACUGGAAUUCAUUCAAGUAGUGGAGAUCUGUGUGAAUCACCUUAGCAGUCUAUCCCGGUGAAGGCUAGUCGCCUGCCGGGUACUUUGUUUAAGAGAGCUUGGUCAGCUUAAGAGAUUCCAAGCUAAUUUAGGAUCUUUCGCAGUUUAAUCAACAGUAGAUCAACCAAAAGUAAUUACAAUUUGGACCUAAUUGAGGAGCUAGGGGGAAUCAUACCUAAGUGAGUUCCCAAUUUGUAAUUAGUAGAGUAGUUAGUAGAGUAGUUUAGUAAAUCAAUAAUUAAUCUAGUUUGCUAGAUAAUGAAUUGAAGCUGAGUAAUAGUAACUCUAGAGACCCGUGGAUUCGAUAUUUAUUACUUGUGCCACUAUACUGCAGUUCCUUUCAUUGGUUACACUUGGCCAUUGUUAGGUGUUGUGUCGUAGCGUGUCAAGUUUUUGGCGCCGUUGCCGGGGACUUUCUAGAUUAUUAGGAAAGGCAGAAGUUUGUUACUUUAGCGUUUUUCUUUUCUUUUCCACCCUGGCUUUUCACUUGGGUGUUUUUGUUUUUGUUGGUGCAGAUCUGAAUCAUGGAUCCUCAUGGCUUCUCCAACCAUUGGGGGUAUUCACCACCAUUCGAGUGGUAUUACCCCGAGACCCCCUGGAGCAAUCAAGGAGGAGAAGACUAUGGAUUAGGGUUCCAAUACCAACCCCUUUACUACGGAGAACAAUCAGACCCCUGGGCAUAUCAAGAACAACCUCCUUAUCAAGAAGACUUUCUCCCACAACCAGAAGGGCCAUUGGAGCUGGAGUUACCCAUGGCGGCCUUCACGGGCCACUCUGCAGAGCCAUGCUACACUUCACUGGAAGAUCCGAACAUGUUGGGCCCUAGCGAGGAGAUGCAAGAUGAUCUCAUUGAAGAAAUUACAUGGCGACUUGCUCUCCAAUUUGUUCUAGAAGAAGAAGAGAGAGAAAGGGUGAGGGAAGAAGUUGUGGAGGAUGAGGAAGAAAGCAAAGAAGAUGAAGUUCUUGAUCAUUUCUCAGGGGUGAUACCACAUGAAGAAGAAAGGGAGGUUGAAGAAAUUGGCGUCCAGGCUGAGGACGAAGUUGAGGUGGAAGAGGCCUGCACCGGCUAUUAGUUGCAAGUAAUAUCCCCACCAAACUUCGAGGAACUGCUUAGCAAGGACCCAUUUGCAGUUUCUCUUUGCCAAACCAAGACCACGUCGACAUCGGUUCCUCUUGGUGGACGCGAUGGUGGUCAAUCGAUGUUGUCAUAUCUAGUUUGGGGCAAUGAGACGAGAGAAGAGAAGAAGAGGUCUCGAGGGUGGAGAAGUUAUAUGCAUCAAGUGCACGAGCUUCCAUCGCCUGUCAUACCACAUGUUCGUGACUUGAGACUCCACCUCAUCGACGAGAACCUCAACUUCAAGGAGGUUUUGGGGUGGACCGAAACUUAGGAGCCAUCGUCCAGCUCACGACGUGAAAGAAGCGCUUGUUGGGAGGCAACCCAACCAGUCGGUUUGCAUUUCUUUCUCUUUUUCUCCUCGGUUGAGUCAGUUUUGUUAUUUGAUUUUAGAGUCAAUAACUCAACCUUUGUGAG